UAUUCAUUUCUAUUUGCUUAAAAAAAGAAGAAGAGGAAAUUAUGUGAAAUUUGAAGAUUUGGGAUAAAAAAGUUUAAUUAGAUUUCAAGAGCAGAAGUUGUUCGAAUUUACAGCGAAUUCAAGUGAGUUUUGUGAGUUGUUCAAAUAGAAAUUAUAUGUACCAAUUCUGACAAAGUUAAUAUUUAUUCAUAAAAUAAACAUCAAUUUGUCGAAAAUAAAUACAAAAUAAAAAGUGUUUAAUUAAACGCCGCGGCGCCCCAUUUAACAUAUAUUUCAAAAUCAACAAAAGUGAAUUAUUGAAUAUUUAAAAUUCAACGUUUUGCAGUAAAUUACACGCAACAAUACAAAUAGAGCAAAAAGGAAAUAAAUGCAAAUGUUCUACUACAUUGGAUUGAGCUGUUUUUUUAAAUGAGAACAAUGUCACCAUCAUUCAUCUGGAUUACUUCAACGUGACGAUAAAUCGUUGAGAAAAAAAAAAAAAAACAAAAAAAAUGCCAACAUCAAGUUCAACCGCUAAAAGCGGUCCAUCAAUCAGUUUAAUCAUCAUUUUCCUCCUAGGAUCAAUUUCAUUGUCUAUUGGAGAAGGAAAAUCUUUAUCAACUCAUCCUACAAAAUCUUCAAUGGGGCAUUCGUCAUCCCUUCAUCUCGAUGAAUAUCCAUCAAGUAUUUUCAUACCCAAUAGUCUAGAUUCUCUACAAUAUCUCUGGAACAAUUCAUCAACAGGUCAGUUAUCAAAUGAUACCUCCAGUAAUUCGUCCUUUUUCGAUGAAGAUGGAAUGUGUCCAACAAGUCAAAAUGCUAUUGGUAACUUUAUCACAAUGGUGCUUUAUGCAGCCGUUUGCAUUGUUGGACUUUUUGGCAACACUUUAGUCAUCUAUGUGGUUCUGAGGUUCUCAAAAAUGCAAACUGUCACCAACAUCUACAUCCUGAAUCUCGCAAUCGCCGAUGAAUGUUUCCUAAUUGGAAUUCCAUUCCUACUCUUUACCAUGCAAAUUGGAAGCUGGAAAUUCGGCGAAUACAUGUGCAAAGCUUACAUGGUUAGCACCUCGAUCACCCAAUUCACAUCAUCGAUCUUUUUACUGAUCAUGUCAGCUGAUCGUUACAUUGCCGUUUGUCAUCCCAUCUCAUCGCCACGCUAUCGAACGCCCAUGGUCUCAAAAAUUGUCUCUGGUGUAGCUUGGAUGGCUUCAGCCGUUUUAAUGCUUCCCGUCAUCUUAUUCGCUAACACAGUCGUUGUCUACGAGGAUCAUUUGUCAUGCAACAUCAAAUGGCCCGAAAGUCACAAUACACAAUCGGGUACCACAUUUAUACUGUACACACUGAUCCUAGGCUUUGCUACACCGUUAUCUUUUAUCUUGUGCUUCUACUACAUGGUCAUACGGAAGCUCCAUACCGUCGGACCAAAGAACAAGUCCAAAGAAAAGAAACGGUCGCAUCGCAAAGUCACUAAACUCGUCCUGACAGUGAUUACAGUAUAUAUCCUAUGUUGGCUACCCUAUUGGAUAUCUCAGGUGGCCUUGAUUAAUUCUCGACCCGACAUGUGUGCAUCGCGAUUGGAAAUAACAAUAUUUCUGCUAGUUGGUUGUUUGGGUUAUUCCAAUUCGGCCAUGAAUCCGAUAUUGUAUGCAUUUUUGAGUGACAACUUUAAGAAGAGCUUUAUGAAGGCUUGUUCGUGUGCAGCUCGGAAGGAUAUUAAUGCCCAAUUGCAAUUGGAGAAUAGUUUCUUUCCGAAAUUCGGAAAGAAUAAGCAAAAAGAAAGGUUAUUGAGUUCGAAGGCUAAGGCGAAAGUUGCAAGAAAUAAUAAUGUGACAACAACUGUGACAACUGCCACUGUGGUUGGUGAUUCGGGAACAAUUGCUUAUACCGAUGCAACGGAUGCUGGUUACGGGGGGUCGAAAUUGAAUGCAACGAUUUUGAGUAAUAGUGGGAAUUCAUCGACAACUAAUACAACUGGAAAUGGGGAACAAACAUUGUCGACAACGAUAACGAGUAUGAGUGGGAAGCCUCCGGUUUUGCAUACUGAUUUGUAAAUUGGUGUAAAUUUUAAUUUAAAAAAAAAAUUUAAAUGAAGGGUAAAUUAAAACAAAACAAAAAACAUAAAUUUUAAUCAUAAGUGGAAAUUUAAUUUUUGUACUAAAUUUAUAUUUAUUAUCUAUAUAUAUUUGUAGUUAUGUUUUUGUAUAAGUUUAGAUAUGAAUGUUUUUUAAAUUAAAAA